UCACUCCCUCCUCCAUUCCUGUUGCAACACUGAAGUUGCAUGACCUGCUAAGGACAAAUCAGAGCAGUACCUGGUUAACAUGGUCUGAAGGAGAGUGUGUCAGGGCUGGGUAAGUGGCAUAUUAGAUGUGAGCAAACAGGAAACCUGAGAAAGAAGAGUGAACAUAGUCAGAGGAGUAGAGACCAUUCGAUUCUGAAUUGGGCAGUUGGAGCCAUACUUGGUCAUUCUCCAUGAGAUCGAUGACAGCACUGCCAGAAGCCUGGUCAAGGUAUCCUUUCUUGUACUCAUCAUAGGUGUACAUAAUUGGGGAACCAUUUUUGUAGAGUGCAACCCAAACAUUUGUUCCUUUUGCGUGUACAUGGUAGGAGAAAUAGUACAGUCCAGGGGUUCUGCAGGUGAAGAUUCCUGUUCUAGGGUCAUAGUGUUGCUGCCUAUUGUACAAGAUUUUAUCAAAUUUGAUGGGGACUGUUGCAGCAGGGUAGGCUUUUGAGAGGAUGACACUGAAAGCAGACACCGGCAUCCCUGUCAGAGCUUGGUUUACUCCUCCUUUUAUGAAAGAUAUCCCUGAUAGGUCCCGAGACUCUCCUGCUUUAACAUAGCCUUCGGGCAUCUGUGGGAUUACAGCUUGGCCAGGGGGACCAGGAGGACCUGGGGGGCCGGGCAAGCCAGGCUCACCAUUGCUGCCUUUAGGGCCGGGGGGUCCAGGCGGUCCCAUGGGUCCACUUGAGCCUUUUGUGGAAAUGCCUGCUGGGCCCGGCAGUCCUGGUGCUCCUGGCUCACCCUUUGCACCGGGGGCUCCUGGCAGGCCAGGGGGGCCAAUGGGACCUCUGAUCCCAGGUAUUCCUGAAGGCCCUCUGGGACCUGGCUCUCCGUUGGUCCCUGGCACCCCUUUGGCUCCCUGCGGACCCAUGGGACCCGGCAGCCCAGGCAGCCCCGCGGGGCCAGCAUCCCCCUUGGCACCUGGGAGACCUGGGUGUCCCUUGGGACCAGCAAGGCCCUGCUCACCUGGGUAUCCCGGUUUUCCCUCUAAUCCUGAAAACUGUGGGAUGUAUUUCCCAGAAGUCAAAAAUCAUCCAGACAAAUAUUUACAAAGAUGUCCCGAGUCUGUAAAAAAGUGGCUGAAACAACUGAAGAAUGCUGGGAAGAUUCUGCUGUUAAUUACCAGUUCUCACAGUGACUACUGCAGGCUUCUGUGUGAACAUGUUCUUGGGAAUGAUUUCGAAGAGUAUUUUGACAUUUUGAUCACAAAUGCUUUGAAACCUGGUUUCUUCUCCCAUACACCAAACCAAAGACCUUUCCGAACUCUUGAAAAUGACGAGGAGCAGGAGGCUCUGCUGUCACUGGACAAGCCUGGUUGGUAUUCCCAAGGUAAUGCUAUCCAGCUUUAUGAUCUACUGAAGAAGAUGACUGGCAAGUUGGAUCCUAAGGUUGUUUAUUUUGGUGACAGUAUGCACUCAGAUAUUUUCCCAGCUCAUCACUAUAGCAACUGGGAAACUGUCUUCAUCUUAGAGGAGCUUUUAGGGGACAAAGGUAUAGAGCCUGCAAAGGCUGAAUCUGAGCCCUUGGAGAAGAAAGGAAAAUAUGAGGGAGAUCAGCUCAAAGUUCCUUACUUUGUAUCUAAACAGUGGGGCUCUUUCUUCGUGGACAGAUUGCCUGGCCUGGAAAAUGCAGAGGAGACUUUAGUUCACACAUGGUCCUGCAAAUGUAUCAGCACUUACAGCACUAUUGCAAUCCCUAGCCUGGAAGCAAUAGCAGAUUUACCACUGGAUUAUAGAUUUACACGAUUUUCCUCAAAUAGUUCAGCAACUGCUGGGUACUACCCAAGCCCUCCAAGAGCACUGAUGCCAAAUGAGGACUCUGUGAUGAUGAAAUAGGUUGUCAGCUUUUUCCUUAGAUAACCCUGUGGCCCUUACUUAAACUGCUAUCAAAUGCUAAUUGGUGAAAAUGCUGUGUGAUGCUUCAUAAAAUAGAGUGAUGAAUUAAA